GGGCGGUGCGCGGGCGGCGCGCGGGGACCGCCGGGAGCGGGGCGGACGCUCGCGCUCCUUUUUCCCUCCCUACCUCCUCGCCGUGGCGCGCUUAGGUUCGGGAGCCGUCAUGGGCGCCGCCGCGUGGGCAUGGUCGUCCCUGCCGCUGCGUGUGUCUCUUCUGCUGCUUCUGUCUCUCCCGGGGCUGCCUGCGGGUUCCUGGGACCCGGCCGGUUACCUGCUCUACUGCCCAUGCAUGGGGCGCUUUGGGAACCAGGCUGAUCACUUCUUGGGCUCCCUGGCAUUCGCAAAGCUGUUGAACCGCACCCUGGCAGUACCCCCUUGGAUUGAAUACCAGCAUCACAAGCCUCCCUUCACCAAUCUUCAUGUGUCCUACCAGAUGUACUUCAAGCUGGAGCCCCUCCGGGCCUACCAUCGAGUCAUCAGCCUAGAGGUCUUCAUGGAGAAACUGGCACCCACCUACUGGCCCCCUGAGAGGCGGGUGGCAUACUGCUUUGAGGUGGCAGCCCAGCGAAGCCCUGAUAAGAAGACGUGUCCCAUGAAGGAGGGAAACCCCUUUGGCCCAUUUUGGGAUCAGUUUCAUGUGAGUUUCAACAAGUCGGAGCUUUUCACAGGCAUUUCCUUCAGCGCCUCCUACAAAGACCAAUGGAUCCAGAGAUUUUCUCCAAAGGAACAUCCAGUGCUCGCCCUGCCAGGGGCUCCUGCCCAGUUCCCUGUCCUGGAGGAGCAUAGGCCACUCCAGAAGUAUAUGGUAUGGUCCGACGAGAUGGUGAGGACUGGAGAGGCCCACAUCCGCGCCCACCUCAUCCGGCCCUACGUGGGCAUUCACCUGCGCAUUGGCUCUGACUGGAAGAAUGCCUGCGCCAUGCUGAAGGAUGGGACCGCGGGCUCCCACUUCAUGGCCUCUCCGCAGUGUGUGGGCUACAGCCGCAGCACAGCAGCCACUCUCACCAUGACCAUGUGCCUCCCUGACCUGAAGGAAAUCAGGAGGGCCGUGAAGCUCUGGGUGGAAGCGCUGAAUGCGCAGUCCAUCUACAUUGCCACAGACUCUGAGAGUUACGAGCCAGAGAUCCAAGAGCUCUUCAAAGGGAAGGUAAAGGUGGUGAGCCUGAAGCCUGAGGUAGCCCAGAUCGACCUGUAUAUCCUCGGCCAGGCCGACCAUUUUAUUGGCAACUGUGUCUCCUCCUUCACUGCCUUUGUCAAGCGGGAACGGGACGUCCAGGGGAGGCUGUCCUCUUUCUUUGGCAUGGACAGACCCCCUCAGCUGCGGGAUGAGUUCUGAUCUGGCUGGAGCACAUCACCAGUCUGGGCUGGUCCCUCCAGCCAGCCCUGGCAGCCAGAGGGGCUCCCAAGAGUGAUUCCCACAGUGCAAGCUCCUCUUCUCACCUGCAGAGACAGAGAAAAGCACCAGGAACUUCACGGAAUAGGAAGACAUCUUAUCUCCCAGGCACAGGACUUCCAAGAUCCUAGAAGCCAGAGCACCUCCCCUCCUCAUGUGCUUCCUACUGUUUCUCCUGGGAAUUUCUCACACCAGCAAAGCAGUCCAUCCUCUCUCUUUUGGUCUGCCCAGUUCUGAGCAGUCUAGGAUGUUGAACUCUCUUCAAAGAGAUUUUUUUAUAUAUAGAAAGAGAUUUUUAUGGUUUUAUAUAAGGUCAUGACUACCCUAGAAUUCUCCUUUAUUCUUAAAAAAAAAAUCAUUGAAGUUAAUUAACUUAGGUACCUAAAGUGACCUUAAUGUGGAUGAAACCAUGGUGGGGUGGUAGUAAUGAACUUUUGCAGAUGACCCUAAAAGUAAGCUCAGACUCAUCCCCACUGCUUGGCCAGAGCCACCAUCAGCCCCCUUCUUAGGCCAUGCCCUCUUCUCCAUUGUCAACACCAUGCAGAUCCAGGUUAGGAAUCAUGACGCCAUGCUAUGCUCCGCAGACGCUAAGUGCCGCUCACACAGCACGUUCCAGGUAAGGAGCACACAUCAUCAAACCAGACCAUUGCUCCCAGAGUCUCUCGGUAGAUGGUGGCCUGCCACAAAUCUGGCUCCAUCACGGUCUUGGGCUGGACACAUCACUAGGGCCCAGGGCUUGCUAGCCUGGUAGCAUCCUUCUGAAGGCCGCCCUCUCCCCUUCCGAUCUGUGUGCCAAGGGCCCUACUUACAGAACUUUGCCAUUAAUUUGGUGUCCAGUGCCCAUUCUCCUAGCCUCCCUUCUGUAGGUAGAGCCAUCAGACCAUAUUCUCACACACACACACACGCAAGUUGCAGGACAACAGGAAUCUCAGACACCAAAGCUACUGCCCAGCUCUAAGUAAGGGCUUUUAAUAUGUUUCAUCUUUGGAAAACUGAAAUGUUUUAAAUCCUGGGGGACCCUGAGAGAUGGUUUAUCUGUUCAGACUUGUUACAUGAACUUCAUUUGGUGAAGCAUGAUCUUGGGCACCCCUGCCUCCUUGGGAAGGUGUGGUUUACUGGCUGAUUUCUUUUGCUGUUCAUAGCCUCACACUAGGCACAUGCUUUAGAGUCUGGGGCUCUAAAGGGCCAUCCAACUCAUCUUGAUUAGCCUCAGCAAUAAUAAUAGCUUGUGUUUCUGGACAAGAGGGUGCUGGAGUUGUAGUCAGAUCCAGUCAUGUUCUGUAGGCAAGCACUCUGUUUCUCUUUGACCCAGUUUCCUCACCUAUAAAAUGGUGAUAAAACUGUCGGGGUUGUUGGAAGGUUCAGAUCAGAUAAAGCAUGUAUAAGAGCACAUUGUAAACUUGAAAGAGACAAAGGCACGUAUGUGGCUGUUGAUUAAUUUGCCUUCCUCUUGUCGCACACCCACUCUGUGACAGGCACUGUGCUUGUUCUGUGCUUUAUGGGCAUUUAGUCCCCACCUCAGGCCUGGGAAGUAGGAGCUGUUAAUGUCCUUUUUUUUCUGCACAAGGAAAAAUGAAUGCUCAGAAAUUCUCAUAAUUUUCUCAAAGCUGCACAGCUGGUGGUGGUUGGCCAGGAUUUGACCUCGCAGAGUCGUUACUGUUACCUGCCGUGCCCUGCUGCCACCAGUUCACAGGAUGCACUUUAUGCCGUGUGUGUGUGCGUGUGUGUGCCCACGCGCAUGCAUGUAUGCACCUCAGGUAGGAAAAUGAUCAGCCACUUCAGUGCCACUGGGCUCCUGCUGUGGGUCUGCCCCUACCAGGAGGUUUUGGGGAUGGGGGAUCACCCAAGCAACAGAAGGCCCACAUGAAGCUUACAGUUCUCUUGGGUAGUUAUUUAAUUUAACAUUCUUUUACUCAACAGUAUUUAUUAAUCACCUACUAUGUGCUGGGCUCUGUGCUAGAUACUAGGUAUUCAGAGAGAAUCGUACACAAUUUCUUUGUUAUGAAGGAAUUUGCAUCCUCUUAAGAGUAAGUCAUAAUAAACAAGUAUACCAUAGGAGGUAUUAAGUGCUAUGAAGAAAAGGUACAGGGUAGCGCCCCAGAGCGGACAGUGCCAUUUUAAGAGGAGGAGCAAGGCCUCUAAGGGCUGCUGUGGGGGAGGGAGGGGCACCCUCAUCCACAUACCUGGAGGCAGCAUGUUGCUGGCAGAGGCAGUGGCAAGUGCAAAGGUCCUGAAGCUGGAGUAAGUGAGUGAAGAAUAGUAAGGAGGCCAGCAUGGUCGGAGUGGCAGGAGUGAGGCAGGGACAGAGAAGAUUGGGUGACUCAUCCUACAGCCUGGAGGGCAGUGGUAAAGUUGAGAUUUGCCUUUUAUUUGGAGACAUGUCAGAAACCUUUGUAGGAUUCUGAACAGAGGAAACUUGUGGUCUGAUUUCCAUUUUUGAAGGACCCCCCUCUGGGUGCCACAUGGAGAAGUGAUGGGAGGAAGUGUGGAAGCAGACUAUCUCUGGCGCAGAGAUGCAGGCAAGAGAUGAUAGGGCUCAGAGGAAGGUCAUUGCAUGAAGGUGGUGGGAAGUGGUCAGAGUCUGAAUAUAUAAAAUUAUUUUUAAAUGUCAGUCUUUUUUAAAGAUAGAAGUCUGAGUAGUUUUAAUCAUGCAGUAUAUACAAUUUGAUGUCUUGUUUUUCACUCAACAGUUUUUCUUAUAUCUAAAAUUUUCAUUAAAGUAUAUUCCUAGAAAUGGAUUUUAGGUCAAAUACUUACAAAUUAAAGCUUGUAUUAUGGGACAUCUCAAAUAUACAUAUAUGAGAAUAAUAAAAUGAACUCCCAGUUUCAACAAUCUUUAAUCACCCCAAGUCCAUGUGCUGGAGUCUUUUAAAGAAAAUCUGGGUAUGUUGGAAAGGAAGAGACACUGAAUGGGGAGUAGAAGGAAAAUCCACAAUGCUCUAAGCUUUAGGGCCCAAUCAACAGAGAGAAGGAGUUGUCCCUGACUUGCAGAGUGAACUUAAAGGUGGGUCACCUCCCUCUGAGUUCGGGGUAUGAAUGGUGACUCAGAAGGUGGUCUCCAGUCUGUGGAGCGCUGGCUGACAAGGCAGAUUCUGGGGACUGAUCCAGGCCUGAGGUAUCUGGUGGGUAGGGCCCAGGAAUCUGCACGUUAAGAAGCACCUACAAGUGAUUUUGAUGUCCUGUGGCCAGAGAACUACUUAAACUGUGCUCCUCAGACCAGCAGCAUCAACAUCACAUGGGGCAGCCUGUUAGAAAUGCAGACUCCCAGGCCCACCCCAGACCCACCACAUCAGAGUCCCUGGGGAUGCUGCCCAGGAAUGUUCCAACAUGCUCUCCAGGAGUUAAAGGUUGAGCAACACUGGUGGAAAGGAUGUGGGGAUGGCACACCGUGGUCAGCCAGCAAGCGCUAGCGCAGGGCCUUCUCUGCUGGCUCCUCCCUGUGCAGCACAGAAGGUUCCACAAAGUGUGGUCACUGGAGAGGCUUUAGGAGCCUGGGAGUGCUCAGUCUAUGUUGUGACAUUACUUACUUGUCUCACUAUGCUCAGGGAAAUAUAUAACUAGAUAGUAAAACCCUUGAAUUUGAUGGAUUUCACUGUUUUAGGAUGGGGCCAAUUUUUAUAUAAAUAAAACAAUGAGAAUUACAUUAAAAAAAUUAAGUAACUACCUGUAGAGGUAGAAAUGCAGAAGCUGGUGUUCAAGGGAACCAAAGCUGGGAAACGCUGUCCUGAUAUGUUACAGAUCCUCAGAAAUCUGGAAGGGAGUCAAGAGGAAUGGAGUUUUAAGGAAAGAAGGGAUAGAGGGAGGAAGGAAGAGUAGAGCUCUCAUUUCCUUGUUUGGUUCAAUUCAAAAAAGCUUAGUGAAUAAUAACAAGUUUUGCCUGGUCCGGAAAUAAAGAUCCCUUCCCCUCUUCAGUUUUCUGUCUCUAGUGGAAUUGACAGAAAAAAAGCCCAUAGCCUGAAGGCAAAUCCUACGCUCUGCGUUCUGAUGUCAGAAUUAAUUCAGAUUCUUACUUGAAACCUGGCUUAUUUCAGGGUUGGGACGUUUCCCUUGAAAUAACAUUAUUCAAGGGCAAGCAGGCUUGGUUUGUUUUUACAGCUAAUCCUUUAUUGAUCAUCAGCCCAGGACGCCAAGCCCAGCCAGGUAAACAGUGGGAAGGGAAGGAACAAAAAGCAUUUCUCAGAAACUACCUCCUUCCCCACGUACAGUGACUCAGCAGAAGUGGGGAACAACGCCCACCAAGGGUGGCAGAGGAAGGAGCCUAGGAGGAUACCUCAUCCCUCUGAAAAUCUACCUCUAAAAAAAGUUUGGCACUACAUACAUCAUUUGACCAUUCUCUCAAGCGUGGGUGAUUGUUCCCCUUUCUAAUAGAGUACAAGAUGGCUUGGGAGGCACAGGGCACUAGCAGGAGAGAAUUAUCUUCUCAGUGUUUUCUCAGUCCUGCUAACAGUGCCAAAGAGAAAGUCUCAGUCUGGUGCCAGCAUGUCAUUCCCUCCUCUGCCUCUUGCUAAUAAUCUGCCUGGCAACAGCAGACCUCAGAGUCAGACAUUACCUAGCUAGAAUUUAGAGACACUGGUUUGCUUGCAUUAUAUCUAUUUGGGGGAUACUUUGUAUUUGCAUUUUUUCAUUUAAAGAUGUGGUUUAAAGUUGCCUUUUCAGAAAUGUAUUUAAGUACAAAAUGUGAGUUGAUUUAAAGAAAAAUAUCAAGUAAAUGAUGUGCUAUGAAUUAGGUAGUUUUGGAGACCCUCACUCAGGUUCAUCUUUAUGCCAGACCCUGGAGACCCUCAUAACAAGACCGAUGGGGCUCCCAUAUCACCUUGAAAUUGUAGUAAUAACCAACAUGUAUUGUUUACCAUGUGCCAGGCUGUGUUUUAAGUACUUUACAUAAGCUAACUCAUCUAGUUCAACCCUAUGAGGUUGGUCCUCUUAUUAUCUCCAUUUUACAGGUAAGGGCACUGAUGCACAGAGGUGAAGAAACUAGCUCAAGGUCACAGCUUGUCAGUGGCCGAACUGGGACUUGAACCCUGGAGCUCUAAGAGUCAGUGCCCUUAAGCCUUGUGCUAUGUUGCCUCUCAGGUCACUUACCAAGGGCAUUUGCUUCUUGGUUUCCCCAGGUACACCAAAGCUUCCCCAAGAACAGGGACCAUACUGGUGUAUCUCCCUGCACCAACUCCUGACCCAAUGCAUGGCUUAUAAGAGAGCCUCUUGCAUAUAGGUUGAAUGAAUGAAUAUGCAGAGAAAGUGUGUGGGAAGUUGAAAUACUUCUGACAUUGCAGAAGAUUCAUGGAAAAGGUUGGAGUUGAGUUGAAUGAUGAGUAUGAUUUCAGCAGAAACACAUGGGGAAAGAGUAAACGAAUUCUGGAUGGAGGAAACCACAUGAACAAAGGAAAAUAAGGGCCCAUAAUUUGUCUAGUUUCGCCAGACUGGAGGAAGUGUUUAGAAAGUUCACUGGUGUCAGAGCAUGGCAGGGGGUGGUUCUUCAAAUGCCAGAGUAAGAGUUUGUAUUCCUAGCAACAGUGGGGAGCAGGUGAAGGCUAUGGUGCAAGGGAAGUGACUAUCAGAACUGGGUGUUAAGGUGGUAAAUAUUACUAUGGGUUUAAAAUGACUGAGGGAAAGACUAUUAAGUGAAAACCAGAAAAAUAGCUAAGUUUGUGGGGAGCAGUGAGCAGUGCCAUGAGUGGAUCUUGGGAGGUGGAGACCAGAGACGUGGCAACAUAGGAAGGUUUAAGCAGCAUGUAGAGGGCCUGGAACAUCAAGCUAAGGUUUGGCUCCUUCCCUUGGGGGACCAGAGGAGGCUUUUAAACCUAGGGUAUUCGAUCAGAUCUUAAUUGGGGCUUACUCUGGGUCAAGGGCAAGCAAAUAGGGUGAGGAUGGGAGGGUCUUUUCAGAGCUGACUAAGGGACCAUCUGAGCUAACUGGCUGAGGAGGCCCCCAUGGUGCCCCUUGAGAGCAGCACUAAAAAGUAGAGCUCCGGUUGUGCAAAUUCUCUAACAUUUUUAUUGAAAAUAAAUUCAUGCUCAAGGUAAAAAAUUCAGAAAGCACAGAAUAUAACUGUAUAGUGAAAAAUAAGUGUUCCCCCCAGCCCAGAACCCUCUCCAGAGGGAAAACACUGCUAACAGGCUCUUGGAAGCCUUCCAGAAACUUUCAUGCCAUCUCUAGACACAUAUACAUCUAUAUAUGCUUU